AUGAGCGACUUCGAAGCUUUGAGGAUGAACGAGGUGGACUCCAUAGAUGAUUUCGCUGGGAAAAUCAGUGGUGUGGCUAACAAACUCAGUGAGCUUGGAGCUUCUGUGAAGGAUGGCACACUUGUGAAGAAGUUAUUUAACUCGGUUCCAAGCAAAUAUCUUCAAGUAUUGGCCUCACUUGAGCAGUUGUUUGACGUGGAUGAGAUGCCGUUUGAAGAAGCUAUAGGUCGUCUGAAAGCUUAUGAGAAGAGGGUUAAGAAAGAUGAUAAGCAAGGCAACCAACUUCUUCUCACUCGUGAAAAGUGGAGUGCCCGCACUAAGAGAGUCAGUGGGGAGCCACAAAGACAUGGUGCUACCAGCUCUGAGGGUCGGGGCUGGGGGAAAACUCGGGGCAGAGGACGUGGACGGCACAGUGGAGGACGCGGUGGCGCAACAUUGUCACGCUUGGAUGGUGCAAGUGGAAGUAGAGAUAAACAACAUAUAUAA